AUGGCAUGUGUGUGCCCGAUUGUUCCACACGUUGGCGAACACUCACAAGUGUGGAACAAUUUCAAUGGAAAGUACCAAGACCAUCCUAACUGGUACUAUGCCGCAGCGCCGGUCGGCUUUCGGGACCAAUGCAGCGCUGCCAGAACACCUGAGGCGAAUUUAGAGAAGGUUCGAAUGUUUUCAGGCAGUGGUAUGUGGAGGCAUGUCUGGAUGCGCGUUGCAACCACGAAAGGCAUAUGGAAAGCGUCAUUUCUAGUUGGAUACUUGGCUGUCCCCCGGAAUUGGUUCAGUCAAAAGAGAGGGGAUUUAAUGCAUUUAGAAUGCGGAUAUUUGCAACUGCAUUAG